CUUCUGUAAUCCCAGCAAGUCGGGAGGCUGCUGCCGCAGGAGAAUUCGCCUGAACCCGGGACGGGGAGGUUGCAGUGAGCCGACAUCACGGCACUGCACUCCAGCCUGGGCGACAGAGAAAGACUUUUGUCUCAAAACAAAAAAAAAAAAAAAAAAAUGGUAUUUUGUGGUUUUUCCAUGCUUUCUCCCUGAAAGACUAGCCCUAUUUAACUAAAUGGCUAUUGGCUGGGCGCGGUGGCUCACGCCUGUAAUCCCAGCCCUUUGGGAGGCCGAGGCAGAUGGAUGACCUGAGGUAGGGAAUUCCGAGACCAACCUGGCCAACGUGGUGAAAUCCGGUCUCUACUGAAAAUACAAAAAUUAGCCGGCCUAUGGGAGGCUGAGGCAGGAGAAUCGCUUGAACCUGAGAGGCAGAGGUUGCAGUGAGCUGCGAUCGCACCACUGCACUCCAGCCUUGGCGACAGAGUGAGACCCUGACUCAGUCAAUCAGUAAAUAAAUAGCUAUUGGAUACCGUUUCUUUUUUUAGGGACAGGGUCUGUCUGUUGCCCAGGCAGGAGUACCAUGGCAUGAUCCCUGCCGACUGCCGCCUCAAGCCAUUCUCCCCAGUUCCGGAACUAGAGCUCACGGAUGAUUGAUAUCCAGACCAGGAUGGCUGGGCGAGCAUUGGAGCUUCUUUAUCUGCCAGAGAAUAAGCCCUGUUACCUGCUGGAUAUUGGCUGUGGCACUGGGCUGAGUGGAAGUUAUCUCUCAGAUGAAGGGCACUAUUGGGUGGGCCUGGAUAUCAGCCCUGCCAUGCUGGAUGAGGCUGUGGACCGAGAGAUAGAGGGAGACCUACUGCUGGGGGAUAUGGGCCAGGGCAUCCCAUUCAAGCCGGGCACAUUUGACGGUUGCAUCAGCAUUUCUGCUGUGCAGUGGCUGUGUAAUGCUAACAAGAAGUCUGAAAACCCUGCCAAGCGCCUGUACUGCUUUUUUGCUUCUCUUUUUUCUGUUCUCGUCCGGGGAUCCCGAGCUGUCCUGCAGCUAUACCCUGAGAACUCAGAGCAGUUGGAGCUGAUCACAACCCAGGCCACAAAGGCGGGCUUCUCCGGUGGCAUGGUGGUGGACUACCCUAACAGUGCCAAAGCAAAGAAAUUCUACCUCUGCUUGUUUUCUGGGCCUUCGACCUUUAUACCAGAGGGGCUGAGUGAAAAUCAGGAUGAAGAUGAACCCAGGGAGUCUGUGUUCACCAAUGAGAGGGUCCCAUUCAGGAUGUCGCGGCGGGGAAUGGUGAGGAAGAGCCGGGCAUGGGUGCUGGAGAAGAAGGAGCGGCACAGGCGCCAGGGCAGGGAAGUCAGACCUGACACCCAGUACACCGGUCGCAAGCGCAAGCCCCGCUUCUAAGUCGCCACAUGGUUCUGGAUAGGCACUUGCCUCUGUACUUUCUAUAUUGUUCAGCUGACAAAGUAGUAUUUUAGAAAAGUUCUCAAGUUCUAAAAAUGUUUUCUACAGUAAAAAAAAGUACUCUGGGCCGGGUGUGGUGGCUCACACCUGUAAUCCCAGCACCUUGGGAGGCUGAGGCGGGAGGAUCAUUUGAGGCCAGGAAUUUAACACCUGCCUGGGCAACAUAAUGAGACUUCGUUUCUGGGGGGGGGGGGGGGGCUCUGGAAGCAUCUUAUUUUGUUUAAAAGCAAGAAAUAAAAAUUCCUUUUGUGGA